AUGGAUUUUGAGGAAUCAGGAGGGAAGGAUGAAGUCAUUCCUGGAGAUGUUAAAAUCACUCAAUUCUUGGGCACCCAGAUACAACAGGAAUCAUUGUACACAGAAAAACUUAAUUUGCCAAACUCUCAUCCACCCACUUUCAGGUUGAUUGGAGAAUGCAUCCAACAUUAUUUGCUUAAUCAAUAUGUUGCAUGUCCCAUAAGGAAGGAUACAGUUCUGUGCAACGAAGUAGGUCAGUCCGGGAGAAUCAUUGAAGCACAAGAUAGUGACGUCAGCCAGGAACUGGAGAGUCAGUCUUCUGCAGCACCCACAGUGAACCGAAGAUAUGUCUUGCCAAGUGGAAGAAUCAUGCCGAAUACAAUUUUUGUUGGUGGAAUUGACUUUGAGAUGGGUGAAGAUGAAAUGCGAGGCUUCUUUACAAGGUAUGGUGCUGUGAAGCAAGUUAAAAUAAUCAGUGAUGGAGGUGGUGUUUCCAGAGGAUAUGGCUUUGUCUCAUUUCACAAUGAUGUGGAUAUACAGAAGAUUAUUUCUGAAUCACAGAUCAACUUCAAAGGGAAGAAAUUGAAGAUAGGACCUGCAAUCAGGAAGCAACAAGAUUCAUAUCCAAUUCAUUUGGUUCAGGCAAGACCAGCUCCCCUAAUAACAUCACCAACUCCUUGUGUGUGCCAAAAUACAGAGACAUAUUUUCAAUCACCUGGAUUUCCUGGAUCAGCUCUUCAAUAUGUACAGACUUAUUCAUAUCCCAGCCCUCCUGCUGUGGCGUUACCACAAGUGCAAAUGGGUUAUCCACAUCCUGCAUAUAAUUAUCAGGCAGCAACACAAUGGUCACCAGGAGGUCAGUGGAGAUGGAUGAUGCCUCAGCCUACCACUGGGACAUACGUGAACUCCCCAUAUCCUGAAAUGAUUAACCCAGGAACUGUGUUUGUGCAGAGGGAAUGUGAUGCACAACAAACUCCAUCUUCUCCUCUAGAUACUGUGGAAAAGAACUAUGUUGAUCGUGGGGUGCAAACGCAGUCAUGGACUUAUUUGCCAAUGAAUAGGCACAGAACCCAUCGCCGAGCAUCAGAUGAUUAUGUAAAGGCAUGUUGUAUUUACAGUGUGAAGAGAAAAGAGUGCACAGAUUUACAGUUUAGUAGAAGUAGUCCUGCAGCAUCCGAAGUGAAGUAA